AUGGAUUCCACAGAAACGCCGCGGAUACACGAAGAGAACGAGAAGCCUGUGGCAUCACCAAGGUUGUCGCCUCGAACUGAGAACAAUGUCAAGCUCAAGGGGUUUCGCCGCCCGGGGAAGCUCUUGGAGGGAGCUGGCGGCGCCGGAGGACCGGGCAGGAAAUCCAAGGCCUGCCAUGAAUGCAGGAAGCUGAAGAUGAGAUGCGAGGUCUUUCCAGGGGACCGCAAAUGUCGCCAUUGCCUGAGACGCAAGGUGGAAUGCGUCUUCAAAGCCUCAAGCGUUGUUUUAGGAAACGGAGACGAUAUGUCCGUUGCUUCCAUGGAAAGAUACGAGCAAAAGAUCGAUAACAUGAGACAUGAGAUUGAUCUAAUGCGACGGAGUCUGGACACAGUCCUCGCAGAAAAACGACAACAAAUUCCAGACGCCCAUUGCCUCACCGUGCAGAACCCACCUACCGUCACACCGGGAAGCACGACAAGUCCCGCAGGCCUGUCGUCGCGAGAGGACAACACGCAGAUGGCGAUGACCCGGGAGAACUCCCUCGAGCCCGCACCGAGCAGCGACCAAGGGAAUGGGGCCGUGGCUGUCGAGGAUCCCAUGAAUAGCUUGUACGAAGUCACCAGGCUGCGGAACAUCAGGAGUAAUCGAGCCAAGACUGCGCGGCCGCUUCCUGGGAGUCAGGGGGAGUUGAACGAUUUCAUCUCCAGAGGCGUCAUUUCUGAGCACGAGGCCGAAGAGUUGUACAAAACCUUCCAUAUGUCCUUGAACCAUUACCUCUGGGUUGGUCUUGAGCAGACACACCCCUCAUUCCAUUCCGUGCGCAAAUCUUCAGAGCUUCUCACGGCAACGAUUCUUGCCGUCACCGCUCUGCACAUACCCACGAGUGCCGAGACUUUUGACAAAUGCUACAAAGAGUUUUUGGCUCUGAUAUCGUCAUCCAUGUUCUCUCGGUACCACAGCAUCGACGACGUACGGGGGCUCUGCAUUGCCGCAUUCUGGCUCUCGGAGGUUUCGUGGAAGUUGUCUGGCCAUGCUAUCCGCAUUGCAACCGAGCUCAACAUACACCAGUCUUUUGCAAAGGCGUUGGAAGGAGAUCGAGAACAUUUCCUUCGGGCUCGCUUGUGGUACAUGCUCUAUGUGUGCGACCAUCACUUUAGCAUUGCCUACGGGCGCCCACCGAUGAUCGCCGAGUCCACCCAGAUUAGAGAGCACGAACUAUUCCUCGCGUCCCCUUUUGCAGGGCCUAUAGAUGCCCGGAUCCUGUCACAAGUGGCCUUGAUGCAGAUACUUACCCGAGCAUAUGAGCGGUUCGCUGUGCGACGACUCCCGGAUCCUCACACAAUUCGCUACGGAACCAAUACCACCUCAUCGAAUGAUUCUUCCGUCGACAUGCUCGAGGAGGAGGAUUUCGUUGACCUCCGAAACUUCAAUCUCGAAAUCGAGCAAUGGCGCAUGCGGUGGUACGCCCGCCAGCAGAGCAACAGCUUCAUUGGCACGUUUCCACCAAAAGGGAUCAUUCUCUACAGCUACUUUGCCAAGCUUCAGCUCAACAUCCUUGCCGUGCGGGGCGUGAGCCUCAAUUCUGGGAGACUGUCAACUGAGAGAAAGGAGUUUACAAACAUGGCCAUCUCAGCUGCCGCGAGCAUUCUCACUUUCGUGCUGGAGGAGGAAGACAUGCGCCGAGCGCUUGUCGGCACACCCUUAUAUGUCCACACCAUGAUUGCAUUUGCGUCAGUCUUUCUGAUGAAGGUCGCGACGAAGUGGAAUCGGAUAAUGGGGUUCAACAUCGAGCAUAGCUACCUGAAUGUCUCGCAUUUGCUGGAGAAGAUGAUUAUCCUUCUCAAAAGCUCGGUGACUUCAGAUCGCCAUGUGCUGCACCAUAUCGCCAACGGUCUUGAGAAAAUGCUCGCCAAGAUGACCGCUGAAGCAGAGGGAGAGGACCAUGGUCGGCCGCUGCACGCCACUCAACCUGAACAGUUCGGGUAUCACAGACCAACCGACGAAGCAACGCCUGCACCGGGGAUAGGAUACGGACCGCCGCCAGUUCAGCUGGCCGGAGCCGGAUGGGAUGCGUAUCCUCAACAACCACAAGAGCAAGAUAUAUUUGGGGAGGGAUCGACUUUCAUGAACGAUAGUCUGUUGUAUGAAGCGUUUGGGGCGGAGUCAUCGAGUGAUGUGUAUAGUUUCCUGACCAGCCACUUUACUUAG